CAGUAACCUCCCAGGAAAGUUGUGGUUUUUUCAAGCCACUGACGAAAGAGCCCCUGAGUCGCUCAGGAAGGAAACCUGUUGCAGAGUGAACUCGACAGCGACUGUUAGGACUGCUUCUCCUGGCGCACUGGAGAAUCUGUUCUUCCUGUGCUGGGAACAGGCAGUGAGUGGAGGAUGGGUGCCCAGCUGGGCACUGUUUUUCUUCAAGUCAAGAGAAAAGGGAUACUAUCUGUGCAGGACAUCUCUGAGCACCUGGAGCAACUACCAGCUAACUAUCUCAGGCUACAUGUCUCAAACUCAAGAGAUAAGCAAGCACCAUUUCUGUUUCCCACAAGGGCAUGAGGCAGGCGUGAUGGAAUUGUUUGCCAUUACUGGACUGACGCCUGCCAUUUCUCUUCCCUGGGCACAGGAGGCAUAUACAGAAUACCUGAGGAGCAUCCACUACAUCUCCCAGGUGCUGCUGGAAGAAAUGGAAACCACCAAAGAAGGUGGAGACCCUGUGGCCCCAGACACCUCAAAGAUGCUGAAACUGGCUGAGCAGUGUCUGGAGAGGGCCCAGUCGACAGCUGCCAAGCUUGGGAAAACGCACCUGAAGCCAGCCACGCCUGUGGCUGCUCCUGGCCCCUCAUCUACCAGCCGACAUCGCCGGGUGUACUCGGAUGAAGGGGGGAGACUAUCUCCGUUUCUGCCGCCCGAGAUCUUCCAGAAGCUUCAGGCGGCAGAGUCACAAAGUUCUAAGAAGGAGCUGACACCUCUGGAGGAGGCCUCUCUGCAGAAUCAGAAGCUGAAGGCUGCCUACGAGGCACGGAUGGCCCGUCUGGACCCCAGCCAGGCCAUGCAGAAGACAUCCCUGACCCUGUCUCUGCAGCGGCAGAUGAUGGAGAACCUUGUGAUCGCCAAAGCCCGGGAGGAGACACUGCAGAGGAAGAUGGAGGAGCGCCGGCUGCGGCUCCAGGAGGCAGCCAACAGGAGGUUCUGCAGUCAAGUUGCCCUGAGCCCAGAGGAGCGGGAGCAGCGGGCCCUCUAUGCCGCCAUCCUCGAGUACGAGCAAGACCACGACUGGCCGAAGCACUGGAGGGCCCAGCUCAAGAAGAGCCCAGGGGACCUGUCGCUAGUGACCAGCCUGGUCUCCCACCUGCUCAGCAUUCCCGACCACCCCAUCUCGCAGCUCCUGAAGAAGCUCCAGUGUGCAGUGUACCGGGCGCUGUACCCCGUCGUGAGCAGGGCUGCUGUUGGUGCUGCCUCUGCCCCCGGCUGCCGUUCCUUGCCCCCGGACGCCGACGGGCUGCUGGCUCCGGGAAGCCGGCGGCUCCGGCCCUCGCAGAGCCUCUACUGCAUGCUCUCCCCUGCGGAGCCCAGCGUGGCCCCGCGGCCCCCAGACGGCACUCAGGCCGGCCCCCCAGACAGAGGGCCAGACAGCAGCCCUGCCAGGCCCCCCUCACCCCUGGCACACAGCUUGACCGGUGUGCAGAGCAAAGACAGCUCCUUUGAAGACCUCGAACCCUUCUUGGCUACUUCUGAGGGGUGGGGCCGGGGGCGUGGGAGGCCGCCUGAGCCCCAAACAACGGGGGUGAAGGAGGAGCCGCUGCUGGAGCAGCUGAAGAGCACUGUGAAGGACAUACACAACGCCAUCGACAGGCUGCUCUCGCUGACCCUCCUGGCUUUCGAAGGCCUGAACGUGGCCGCCUCCAAGGACCGGUGUCUGGCCUGCAUCGAGGAGCCCUUCUUCUCUCCACUGUGGCCCCUGCUGCUGGCACUCUAUAGGAGUGUGCACCGCCUCCGGGAGGCCGCCCUGAGCAGGAGCAUGGAGCUCUACAGGAGUGCACCCCCAGCCGCCAUAGGCAUUCCCAGGAAGCUCCUCCCCCGGGACCUGGAGGCCACGGGAGCUGGUCCCUACCCCUACUGUGCUGCAGCCCAAGAGCUGGGCUUGCUGGUCCUGGAGAGCUGCCCCCAGAAGAAGCUGGAGUGCAUCGUGCGGGUCCUGCGGGUCAUCUGUGCCUGUGCCGAGGAUUACUACCAGGCCCAGGAGGCUGCCCCUGAGACCAGACCCCCAGUGGGUGCCGCAGCCAUCGGUGCUGACGACCUGCUGCCCAUCUUGUCCUUUGUGGUGCUGAGAAGCGGUCUCCCCCAGUUGGUGUCAGAGUGUGCAGCCCUGGAGGAGUUCAUCCAUGAGGGGUACCUGAUUGGAGAGGAGGGCUACUGCCUGACGUCACUACAGAGUGCCCUGAACUACGUGGAGCUACUGCCCCGGGGGGCCCUGGGCAAGUAGAGGAGGACAGGACCUGCCGAGGACCGUCCAGGAGUCACCUGCUGGGGGGAGGGGGGCACUAGGCCAGCUGUGGUGGGGCUGUGUAGCUCUCACACUUGCCCUAACCUGACAUCUGGCCCAGGGACUUGAGACACCGCUGUUCCUCAGAGGCACCAGCUCCUAGGAAGUAGGCCCAUCUCUUUCUUGUCUCAGCCUGAGAGGCUCUGUGCACGAACAUCAGAGCUGUGGACUCCCCUUGGGGCCGGUACACAUGGUCCUCAGCCCCAGCAACUCAGCGGUAGGGAGGGCGCCUUGGGCCUGGCAGAGGGCAGGUCUGGUUUCUCUCCCUUCCCAUCCCUGUGACAGUCAGCUUCCAGCACCAGUGGCUUGUUAGUCAAGAAGAGGGCCUGGCCCCAUACCCUGCCUCCCACCCAAGGGCUGGGGCCUAGGUGGUCUGAAACUGUGCUGUUUACUUAUUGGGCAUUGAUCACUCCAUUCUCCUCUGGAGCCCAGGCACCCCCAGGGCAUCCACCCGUGUCUGGGGCCUCUGAGCCACCCCGGCCCUUGGCACGGUACGAAUUGGACCCCUGGCCACUUCCCAUCCCCGCAUGUCCCCUUCUGGGUCAGCGUGAACCCAAGGGUCAGUGCCUGCCUGCAGCCCAGUGCCCACUCUGACUGUUACAUGCCCUGGGCAGCCACUGACACAGCCAAAAAUAAAGAGGUCACUGGUAUCUCA